AUGAGCACAGCAACCAGCAAGGAUGCUGGUUCGCCUGUUCCACCAGGCGCUGGGGCCGGUUCGCUAAAGACCAACAAGCUGAACAAGAUCUCCUCUGCCCGCUUCCUUCUCCUCACCUUGCUGUUUCACGUCGUCUACAUCUCGGCUAUCUUUGACAUCUACUUCACCUCGCCUGUCGUUCAUCCUGAGCCACGAUUCAGCGCCAGGUCCACUUUACAUCCUGAGGGCACCUCCAAGCACAUCGCAGCGCCGGCGAAGCGACUCGUGCUCAUAGUCGGUGAUGGUCUCAGAGCAGAUACAUUGUUCAAGCAGCAUAAAGCUGAGCUUCUGCCCCCCUGGUCAACGACUCGCGAUGCAAACUUCGGCCAAGAUGGCUCAUCGGGCUCGUGGGCUUCCUUCGCAAAGGAUCCUCUCCAACAGCCGUAUCCUUAUACACUCGCGCUCAACUCAAACAAAGACAUCGGUCAGUCGGCGAAGGGUGCUAUACAUGUGCCAACAAUAGCUUUUGCAGCACCAUUCCUCCGCAGCGUAUCUCGCAAUCGAGGCGUAUGGGGCCUCAGUCACACGCGUGUCCCCACAGAGAGCCGUCCAGGUCACGUUGCCAUGAUCGCUGGCAUGUACGAAGAUGUCAGCGCCGUCACAAAAGGAUGGAAGCUCAACCCAAUUGCUUUCGACUCAAUCCUUAAUCAGUCCAGCCAUUCGUUUGCCUUUGGCUCGCCGGACAUUGUGCCCAUGUUCGCAGUGGGUGCGGCAGCUGAUCGUGUCGACACGUGGACAUACAACGAAGAAGACGAGGACUUCACCAAAGAUGCUACACACCUCGAUCUCUGGGUGCUUGACCGCUUCAAAGAGCUGCUCGAAAGAGCCAAAUAUGACGAGCAGCUCAGCAGCAAGAUGCGACAGCCCGGCACUGUCUUCUUCCUCCAUCUUCUUGGCCUCGACACCACUGGUCACUUCUACCGUCCGCUCUCGCCAGAGUAUGUUGGCAACACCAUUGUCGUUGAUGCGAUUGCACGAGAGGUUGAAAAUUUGAUGGACGACUUCUUUCAAGACGACGGUAAGACUGCAUACGUCUUCACAGCGGAUCAUGGUAUGAGUCUGAAGGGCAAUCACGGAGAUGGCGACCCUCACAACACACGGACACCACUGGUUGCUUGGGGCGCAGGAGUCCAUGGUCCACGAGCCGCCACUCCACAGCAGAAGCAGCUGGCGAGAUCAGAGCAGGAGAAGGACUCUUACUUCACCAACUGGCAUCUGGACGAUAUGGCACGCGUUGAUGUCGAUCAAGCCGACAUCACACCAUUCAUGGCCACACUCCUCGGUGUACCUGUUCCGGCUAACUCUGAAGGCCGCUUGCGCCUGGAUCUCGUUGAUCUGCCGGAAGAGCACAAGGCUCGAGCUCUGUCUGCAAACGCACAACAGGUUCUCGAGACCUAUCGGGUCAAACACAGCAACCGUGCUCGCCGCAUGGUACGCUUCGUGCCUUUUGCACCGCUUUCGCAGGAUGCCGACGAAUCCAAACCCGGAGAAAAGAGGGUCAUUGCGAUACUGACCAGCAUUGAACAAGGCAAAUACGAAGAAGCUGUCGAUCUUAGCAACACGCUCAUCGACGACGCUAUUGAGGGUGCACGCUAUCUUCAGACAUAUGACUGGUUGCUGCUGUGCUCGAUCGUCACGAUCGGAUACCUCGGAUCUAUGGUUUAUGCUUUCUCCUUUCUACUUCGCAACCACAUGCUCCCUGAAAGCGCCAUCUCGGCAUCUCCAGCUGCUGCAUCUUCGACCGCAAGGCAUCGACCCAACGCGCUGAAGCUCGUAGUAGCGCCAAUAUCCGGGGCAGUGUUCGCUCUAUUUGCAGCACAAGAGAUGCCAUUCUCAUACUACCUCUAUGCAGCGCUGGCGUUCUUGUUUUGGGGCCGGGUCGUUGAUGAUCUGCCGCUGUUUGCCGCUGCUUAUCGUCAGACCACCGGCUCAAAGGGUGGGUUCUCAGUGAAAAAAGCAGUCUUGGCCUUAUGGGCGAGCCUUGCAAUGUUGGAGCUGAUGGCGAUUGGAUAUCUGCAUCGAGCGGCUUGGUUCGUCGGUUUCAUCCUGCUCGGCUUCGCAUGGCCAGCAGUCGGGUUGAGUGCAGACUUCAAGUCGGACAACGAAGGUCUUGUGCUCAUCUGGGGCCUGUCUUGCCUCGCGACGGGUCUGUUCACGAUUGGCGACGUCAACAAGGAAGAAAACAUUACAUUGCUUACGUUGAGCGCCGUCGUCUUCCUGGCAGCGGGAGGUCUGAUUCUUUCCAAACCACAACUCUUCUUCCCACCAUCACACAACAACAACUCGAACGAAGAUGCUCACGUGGAGCGGAUCCAAGAGGCGUAUGCUGCUCACCUCUGGCACACCCUGCAAACUCUUCGCGUCCAGCUUCUUGUGCUUAUCAUCACUGCGCUCACCACUGCCAUCUCAGCUAGAUCCUUGCAGCUCAAACAAGGACUCCCCUUCGCGACGCAAAUCUUGGCAUGGAUCUGCCUGACAGUCUGUCUUGUCUUUCCCUUCAUCUACGGUUUUUGUCGCCCCAUCCCGCUGAAAGGUAGCGGAGAUAGCAAGUCAGCGGCAGUAGUCAAGCAGCCGAGCAGCCAGCGACUAGCAAUCGUAGUAUUUGCAUUUGCACCAGUGUUUGUUCUGCUCUCGCUGCGAGACGAGGUGCUUUUCUUCGGAUGCUACACUGCAACAUUAUUAGUGUGGGCCAAGCUGGAAGGGUCUCUCCACGAAUCGCGAUCACAGUCAAGCAGUCAGGAAGGAAGCAACGGCAAGAGAGUGUUGCAACUUGCUGAGCUCAGGAUCAGCCUGUUCUACCUCUUCUUCCUUCACAUUGGCUUUUUCGGCACAGGCAAUGUGGCCUCUAUUUCAUCCUUUUACCUUUCACCCGUCUACCGGCUCGUUCCGAUCUUCAACCCGUUCCUCAUGGCGACGUUGCUGCUCCUCAAAAUCCUCGUUCCUUUCCUCAUUCUCAAUGCUGUUUUCUCGCUUAUGGCGGCAACGCCACCCCUCCCAUUGACGGAGACAACACCCAAGUCGAUCGAUCGAGGAUUGAAGUUGAUGGGCGAAACAGCUCCUGGUGGGCUCGGACUUGAUUCGGCACUCAGCUUGGUGUUUGGUGCAGGAAUUGCGGCAGAUGUGCUGGCGCUGAACUUCUUGUUUGCAGUCAAGAGCGAGGGAAGCUGGCUGGAGAUUGGGCAGACUAUCACUCACUUUGUUAUGGCGAAUCUGCUGCAGAUCUUCAUGCUUGCGCUUGCGGCGGCGAGUUCGGCCAUUAUCGGACGAGCAUAA